AACAAGACAACAUUAUGUCAGAAUGACUCAAAGACAAAUAUAGAAUCUGGUACAACAUAACACCAAUAAAAAGCAGACGCAUAAAGAAUUGUGCGGAUUGGAUUUCAAAUUAAAGGACAAUGUGAUUGAAAUUCCAUCAGUUGCUGUGAAUGAGUACAUGUAUACUAAGAGAUUAUGUUCUGUGCCUCCAUUUUAUGAUAAUUGUCACGUUUUUGUAAAAUUGUCACGAUUUUCUGGAAGUGAUGCAUCAUUGUUAAAGUAAAAACUUGAUUUAAGUGGUGAUUGAUUGUAACUAUGGCUUUUGCUGAUUCCAAAGGAUUAGUCCUUGGCUUUUCUUUAAUAGCAACAGCAUUUUUGAUAAUGUAUUUAGUAGGAUUCUGUAUUCCAUAUUGGAGCACAACGACCAAUUUAUCAACAUUCAAUGAACCUAAGUUAUCUUAUAUUGGAUUAUGGCAAGCAUGUGGUGUAGACCAUAAUAUGAAAAUGAAUCCAUUUUUAACAGUGAAUGAUUGUUUUAGUACUUUAGAACAAGGUGUUCCAGGUUGGUUAAGAGCUGUCCAGUUAUUUUCUGUAUUAGUUAUAGUUUUUGCUCUAGCUAGUUGGAUUAUGUUAUGGUGGAUAACUUGUGCUAAUUUUGGUGAAGAUAAAGCAUUUAAAUUUAUGUUACCAUGUUGGAUAUUAACAGGAAUAUGUAUGUUAGUGGCAAUGUGUAUUUUUGGACAUUUUAUUAAACCCAGAUUUAAUCGUUUAGAUAUACCAGGUCGUGUUGAGAUAGAUGAAGAAAGAAUAGAAUAUGCCUGGGGUUUUAUAACCGUUUCCGUGACAACAGCAUUAUGGAACGCUUUGAGUAUUGUGUUUAUAUGUAUUACAUGUUGCUGUUGA